AAGCCAUGGAGAAAAUCAAUAUUUUUCCCUCUUGCCACAAACAAUUCACCAAGAAAUUUAACAGUGCCGUACCCUGGUUCCUGGUGCCCUACCUGGAUUCACUAGGAUUGCGAAUUACGUGGAAAUAGAGGAGUGAGGCACCACCAGAGCCGUGCCAGACUUGGGAACAUCAUCAUCCUCAUCAUCACCACAAAGAAGGAGCCUUGGAAUGUCAGGCUCUGACUCAGGUUCCUCGUAUCUGGUGAUGAACAGUGUUGAUGCAUCAGCCUUACGAGGAUGGCGCGUGGCAUUGGCGGGGGGUCAGCAGCUGGUGAUGAACAGUGUUGGGGCCUCAGGACUGGCUGGCAUGACUGGCAAUGGAGGGGAAGUUGACCCGUUAAGUGAGGAUGGCGGGGGCGGGGGAGGGGCGGGUGAUAAUGUUACAGCACAUAUUACGGGAACCAGUGAUGAUGAUGAUGACGAUGUGCCAUCCUCACCUGGAAGUUUCGAUGACGACGACGGGUCACUACCUGGGGAAGACGACGUGACCGCCCAGUUAGCGGCGGCAGGUGGGUGGGCAGGACCUGUUGGGGUUGCUGCAGCUGCUGCUAUUGCCUCUGCUAAAAAACGUAAACGACACCACAGUUUUGAGCUCAACCCAUCAAUACGUAAAAGACAACAGACUCGACUCUUAAGAAAAUUAAAGGCUACAAUAGAUGAGUAUUCUACAAGAGUUGGGCAGCAGGCAGUGGUAGUCGUUGCCACACCUAGUAAAUCGGGAAAUAAUUUCAAGUGCUUUGGUGCGAAACCUCUAGAGGAUGUAGUUAAAACAUUACGACAAAUGCUGAUGACCGAACUGGAAAGUGCAUUAGCUCAGCAAGCCCCUCCUCCUCCUCAAGAUGACCCAUCCCUUCAUGAACUACCGCCACUUGUUAUAGAUGGAAUCCCAACCCCGGUUGAAAAAAUGACCCAAGCACAAUUAAGAGCAUUUAUUCCUCUUAUGUUGAAGUAUUCCACAGGGAGAGGAAAACCUGGAUGGGGAAAAGAGUCGACAAGACCGCCUUGGUGGCCAAAAGACGUCCCGUGGGCAAAUGUGAGGAUGGAUGCCAGAUCAGAUGAUCAAAAACAGAAGGUUUCUUGGACAACUGCACUCCGGCAAAUUGUUGUCAACUGUUACAAAUACCAUGGGCGAGAUGAUCUUCUUCCAGCAUUUAAUGAAGAGGAGGAAAAACAUCAGGUUGGAGGGCAAGCAAACUCAGUGUACUCUGGUCCAGUAGUGCAAACUAUCAGUAAUCCUGACGGCACAGUAUCUAUUGUCCAAGUGGAUCCAAGUAACCCUGUAAUUCAGUUACCAGAUGGAACUACAGCACAUGUUCAAGGAAUUGCCCAUGUAAGUUGGCAAUAUUCGUCUGUAAGUUAAAAGUAAUCAUGCGUUUGAAUUAUAUGAAUAUUAAUAUGAAUAUAUUGUACAGUAAUUUCAAGAUGCUAUUGCACUGACCUUUCAACAAGGCUUCACUAAAGAGUGCAUCAGGUCUCGAUAAUAUCAAAAUUUGUUUAUGCAUAUAUUUUCACAUUGUAGACCAUCACUUGUUUAGUAAUUAAAUAUAGUAGCAUUUUUUAUCUUUUUAUCAUAUUUGAAAAAUUUUCUAGAGUUUUGUAUUCACUAUACUAAAUAAAAUUAAAAUAUGCUUGAUGAUUUGUAUAUCCAGCAAUAUGGAAAGGUAAAAUUUUUAAAAUGUGAUGGUUUUGCAGUAUAUUGGUGUGUUCACAGCUUGAAAGAUUGAUAUUAUGAGCAAUAGUUCAAUAAAUUAAAGGCAGUAACAUAUGUAGGCCUUAAUAGCUCAUAGAUAUAUAAUCCUACUUUUGCACUUUUUCAUUCUUUACAUGGACUUUUCUGGAAUAACUUUACUGUUUCCUUUCACUUUCCUUAUUUCAAAAGGUUUUAUCAGGUUCUAAAAGGGGAAUGUAUUUACUUGAGGUAAACUACAGAAUAGGGGAGGGUGAAUAGAUAGAUGUGAUGAGGCAUCUGUGGAAAAGAAGUUUAUGAAGGCAGAUAGUGGAAUGUAACACAUUAUAGUGGUACCAGUACUUUUAUAUAGGUGUGAAGCAUGGGCAUUAAGUGGAGGAAGCUAGAGACAGUGGAGAUGUCAUGUAUGAGAGUAAUGCUUGGUAUGGAUAUUGCCGAGAAUUCUGUAGAUAUUAGAAGACUUGGUUAUGUUACCAAACCUUUUGAGUAGCUAUUCUCAAAGAGAGAUGACACAUGAACUAUCUGGGUGAUUCCCUAUAAGGUGAAGAGAGUUAAAAUAGAUUAAUUGCAAUUUUUUUUAACAUUUAGAGUUAUAAUCUUAAUUCCAUGUUACUAAUGAAUUAAUAUAAUUUACAAUUUCUUAGGAUAAACAUACCUCUGACGGUACAAGUAAUAAAAGCUAUAAGAGUAUGUACAUUACUCUAUGGGACAAAUUCAUCAUUUUGUUUAAUCAUGAAGUGUUCUAAUAAAAAACAUUUUUGAAUUUAGUAAUGGGAAAUGGGGUUUGGAACCAUGCACUUCUCUAUGCUUAAUUAAGUUUGCUUUGAAUGAAUUUGCUCUGAAUGUGAUGUUUUUCCAUGAACACAUUUACUGUCCAAAAUGAGGGAGUACUGUUUUUAACAUUGCUUAGAUGGCACUGAAGGAUCAGAUGGUACAGGCAUUGAAUGCAGGGCAUAUUGCAUUCUGUAGUAACAUAAUGGCUGUUACAUAAAAUUUUGAUACAAUUUUAAAGUUGUGAAUACAUCAUUCUACCUCAUCACCAUGCCUUAAUUAUUAUUUUUAUUACAAAUAUUUAGUGCAACAGUAUUUUAAUUAUUUAAGAAGACAAUUACUAGUGUGUGAUAUAUUUGAUGUGUAUAUUUACAGUACUUUAAGUGCAUGCAUUUGGUGUUUGCUUUUAUUUUCUAACCCAGGGCUGGAGUGCAUUUUAUUACUUAUUGUUUUCCUAGCUGAGUAUUGCUUCUCUCAUGCAAUAGUUAAGAUAUGCAUUAUUUCUAGUAGUUUUAUCAAAGUAAUAUGCUAAGAUUUCUCAGCUGGAAGCCUCAACAUGUGCUUAUUUACACAAGCUUAUUAAUAAGCUAGGAGUUGGUUCUCCAAAUUCAUGGUGGUUAGGUUGAUAAAGGUCAUGUGAAUCAAGACACUACUAAUACAGGGUGACCCUGUAAUUCAUGGUUUGGAGAUGUGAAUCUUGAAACUUCAUAGAGUAGAAAAAUCUGCAUUAGUGAAUAAUAUAAAAGUUUUAUCACAUUUCUUUAAAUGUUGUUCUUAUCUGCUUAUUAUUGACAUUCAUGAUAAAGUUUGAGUCCAUUUUGAAUGAAAUCCUAAGGUUAAUUAUCAGUUAAGGUGUUGUGUAUCAACCAAAUAAGCCUGGGCACCGAGAAUAAUCGAAGAGAUCUGUGAAUCUGCCUUCAGUCAAACAUUAUACUGUACCAUCAGAUCACACGGAUUACAAAGCGAGUGAAUUUUGUGGUUUGACUGUACCAUUAAACUUUGUAUAUUAUAAUGCCUUCUUUUUAGGGAGGGAACACAUUUUGUGUGCCAAAGACCAUAUAACUUGGUUGUUUUGGCUUUUGGUGCUCUUGUUCUUCAAUAAACCAGAUUGGAUAACACUAAAAAACAUGAAAAUAUUUAAAAAAAUCCUUUAGUUAAAAUGUUAAAUAAUCAGUAUCAUCAAAUUUUAUAGUAGUACUGUGAAUUUUGAUACAAUAACAUACUGUGAGUGUGAACAGGAUAUAACAUACUAUGAGUGUGAGCAGGGUAAUAUUUUGUGAAGAGAUUCAGGGAUACUGGUUAGCCGGACUCGAGUCCUGGAGGUGGGAAGUACAAUGCCUGCACUUUAAAGGAGGAGUUUGGGAUAUUGGUUGUUUGGAGGGACAUCUAAACUGUUGUAUCUGAGUGCCUCUGCAAAGACAGUGAUUAUGU